AUGGCGCUGACUCGGCCCUGCUCGUAUGCUGAAAAUAAAGCUCGUUUUCAUUCCCCACCAUUCGAACAGGCUAAGGAACCCUCUGUACUGGUGGAGCUGAAGAAUAACUUGUCAACAACCGCAGGAUCCUACCAAAGUCGCCCGGAUCAAUUCUCGAAGCUUUGUUGUGCAAGGGUGCAUCAUGCACCUGCGGGAGAUUUCGCCUUGGACUGGGAAGACGUCUUGUCAUCAUAUCACCCUAAGCCACGCAUGAUAGAGAUGGAGCAGAAAUUUGACUCAAGGAUAAAGCGUAUGACAGGAUACCGAGAGGUGGAGGCUUACGGAGAAGAGGCUGUCGAGGAGGACACUGCAGAAGACGACUGGAUGACCACAAUGCAGGAGGACGGUCGCCAGCAUACCCAGAAGGAGGUUGACUGGUCUAUCUACCAAGCCGCUCAGCAUAGAGUAACCAAAUAUUUUGAGGAAGUCACCCGGAUGCAGAAGUCUGGGCGCUCUGCGAAGACCGAAGAAUGGCGCAUUGUAGUCGUCUAUCCCCUGAAAAGAGCCAAAAAGUACCCGUCGGAGCACGAGGACUCGCCGCCCGGAAGCAGUCUCGCCCAAAUACCCAAGGAUGUAUCGGUAACCUCUCGUACAAGCGCGUUAUCAUACCCUGAAGCUCCGUUCGAUUACGGUUUCCAUUGGUACUGGAGAUGGAUGAACCGCUGGCGCGGAACAAGUUGUAAUCCCCGGAAUUGUCGACGAUCAGAAUGGGGUGUCCUCGCCAGUUCCGAGCGACAAUCCUUCACAUCACUCUCCUUCGACGUCGUCACACAGACAUUGCCUACCCUCACCUUGAAUGAUGCUCAUCUUGCCGACGCCUGUUCUUCUUGA